AUGGAAAGUACGCUCCAGGUGUCUGGCAGUAGCGGUGUAAAGCGUCACCGGGACGACUCGGACGACAACGUUACGCCCAAGUCACCACGUCUUUCUUGUCCUGAUCUUCCCAUCGUUAAGUCAUCAGGACAGCCGAAGACCUUCCGGGUUCGACACGUUCCUUAUUGGUGCAUGAAGGAAGCAGUUCUACACGACGUCCUCAGCCGUGUACUACAUCUCAAUUGCUCCAAUCUUCUUCACAUUGCGUCUAUCGCAUCGAAUCCGAUUAGUCCCGAGGAGCUUGUUGCUACAAUAUCCUUCCAAAAGAUCCCAGAGCUUCUUUCCGUGGCAGCCAGCCAAGGUCAGAAGGGGAACGAAUGGAGAAUUGAGCGGACCGAGGUUGCCUGGGAUGGUAAUGUCAAUCUUACUUUCGACACUCAUUUCCUGGACAUCACCCCUUAUCACAACCGAGAGGACUCAAGUUAUUCGAUUGACGUUAUCGCCCUUUCUGGCCUCAAUGGCCAUGCCUUUGGGUCCUUCAAAGAGCGGAAUGGCUCAUUCAUGUGGAUUAGAGACGCUCUGCCAGUGGACCUUCCCCGUGCGCGUAUAUUCACGUACGGGUACGACACUUCUAUUCUGGAUAGUCAAUCUUUCCAGUCUAUCUCUCACCUCGGUAUGAAGUUUCGAGAAGCGUUGCGCUGUAUCAGGAAUAGUCCGCGGAAUUCUAGCCUAGAGCGGCCUUUGGUGCUCGUUUGUCACAGCUUGGGUGGUCUUGUUGCGAAAGAGGCCAUAAUCCAAAUGGCAGAUAAAAACGCACAUGGAUUCGACAUUACAAAUUUGCGAUCCAUCGUCGGGGUCCUUCUUUUUGGGGUUCCCAGAAAAGGAAUGGCUAUUGAAUCCUUACUGCCCAUGGCCAAACACAACCCCAAUGAGGCAUUACUUCGUACGCUUGAGGAAAAUUCUGAAGUACUUCGAUGCCAGAGCGAGCAAUUUCCGUUUGCAUUUCCUUGGACUGAUUCAAAAGUGUACUCAUUUUUCGAGACAAUGCGGUCACCCACCGCAAAAAAGAGCGAUGGAAAGUGGGCCAUGAAGGGGCCUCCUGCCGUCUUAGUCUGCACAGAGUCAGCUAUUCAUGGCCGAUUCCCGGCAGAGAAAAAAGAACCCUUCAUCUACGCCAUCAAUCAGAGCCAUUCCGCAAUUGUCAAGUUCACCAGUCGAGACAGCAUCGACUACCAAGCAGUUUUGAGUAGACUGCGGGAGCUUGAUCACGAGGCGCAGACCAUUGUACACGCCCGACACAAUGCAGCUACACCUGAUCUUGCCAAUAACACAGAACGUCCUUAUCAACAUCAAGCGUGUUUGGAAUCGCUUGCUUUCGCAGAACAGCUGCAGCGCCAGGAUGAAGUCCUGACUGCAAAGCUCAACGGCACAUGCAGAUGGCUUCUCACUCACCACGACUAUCUGGAGUGGCUUGCAAAGCGCCAAGGGUUGCUCUGGAUCCAGGGAAACCCUGGUGUUGGCAAGUCGACGGCCAUGAAGUUCAUUGUUGAUGACGUCAAAGCGAGAUCGCGAGUCACCUCACAUCUCGUCAUAUCUUUCUUUUUCCAUGGCCGCGGAGCUUCAAUUCAGAAAUCAGUAAUCGGCUUGUACCGGUCUUUAUUGAAUCAGCUGCUUGCAAAGGCACCGGGUCUUCUUUCCGAACUCACAAAAACGUUCCAAGAACGAUGCGAUCAAAUGGGAAGACCGGGCAAAGACUGGAACUGGGGUGAAGGAGAGCUCCACCAAUUCAUCAAGGAGAAGCUUCCAAAGCUGUCACGAGAACGGCCGAUCACUGUCUGCGUGGAUGCGUUGGACGAGUGCGGGAAAGAAGCAGCAAUUCGACUUGUCGCCUACGCAAAAGACCUCCUUGCACAAGCCAGCAGCGUCGGCGGCAGUCUCAAAAUCUGCUUCGCAUGUAGACGUUAUCCAAGGCUCAAUCUGUGCACCAACUUCACAAUCUGGGUUGAAGAAGAGAAUUCUCUCGACAUCCACUCUGUAGUGUCAACGCAUCUGCCAGAGGACCUCUCUACCGAAGCAAAAGAUGAGCUCGUUGAGAAAAUCUCUCAGAAAGCGCGCGGGGUUUUUCAAUGGGCAGUGUUGGUUGCAUCACAAGUCAUGCAACUGCAUAUGGGCGGAGAACGGGUUCAGGUCAUAAAGAGACGCAUCGACGAAAUACCGCCAGAGCUGCAUCAGCUGUAUGGUAAGCUCCUGAGCACCUUCUCCUCGGCCGAGGAUCGCGCACAUACUCUGAAGCUCUUUCAAUGGCUUUGCUUCUCACGCAACCCUUUGUCAGCACAUCAACUGCAGCAUGCAUUAGCGAUAGAUGCAGCAAUGCCCCACAAAUCCGUUGCCGAAUAUCAGAAUGGAGAUCAAUUUGCGGAUGACGCACGACAACUGGAGGUCAAGGUAAUCAAUUUUUCGAGAGGACUCGCACAGAUCAUCAACAACCGAGCGCAGUUUAUUCAUGAGUCGGUCACCGACUACCUACUCGAAGAUGGUUUUCGGAAGCUCCAGAGUGGGCUACCAAGAUACGAAGGAUCUUCUGACAGACAUAUCAGAGGUCACGGACAUUUCGAUAUAUCUCGGUCCUGUAUCAGGUACCUUAAACUGCAGGAGAUCAUGGCAUAUCCGUAUCCUGAUUUCCCACGGCAACAAUCGCGAGAGGAAGGCUUCCAAGCCGAACAAGACUUGGAGACAAGAUUUCCGCUUUUACGCUACGCCAUUUUUUCUUUGCCAUGGCACAUUGCACAGGUCGAGGCCAGUGGACUUGCUCAGGUUGACCUUCUCCAGGACUUUUGCUGGCCUAACGACGGAGAGAUGGUUGAGAAACUGGCCCAAAUGGCUGAUGUGAUCGACUUCCUGAACAACGAAUGGCGGUUUGAUUGGCCUGUCGAGGGCUCGAGGCUGAUACAUUUGAUCUGCGAAAUUGGCAUCACAAGCGCAUUCAAUGCCAUUCUCAACUCGCCGGAAGUUGCAACAGACGAAACUCCUUGA